GAUGCCCUAGAUUUAGAAUUUCAGAUUACAGAUUAAUCUUUCUAAGAUUCUUUUUCCCUUAAGACUAAUAGACCAAUCUUAUUAAGAUCAAGAUAAUCUUUAUAGACCUUAUGUCAGAUGCCCAAUAUUAAAUAUUUGUUUUAUCAACCUAGCUGUAAUUGAGUCCCUAGAUUUUUCUAAAUUAUUUUAAAACAGAGAGACAUUUAAGAGCUUUAUUCCCCUUUAUAUAUAAGAGCUUUGUUCCCUUUUUAGAUUGUUCGUUUAUUUUAAGAGCCAAUUCAAUUAGAAUAUUUCUUUUAUAUUAAAGAAAGGUUUUUUGAAGUCAAAAUUAAAGAGUAAUAAUAAUUCCUUAUAAUACCAGAAUAAAAUCUAGACUAAAGAGAGAUACUUAUAUACUUUUUUGUUGAUUAGUCAAAAAUGCUAAAAAUUCCUUUUUUUAUUUAAGAAUAAUGAUUUGAAUUUACAUCCUGAAUUUUUCUUACUCAAUCCAAAAGAAUAGAUCUUAAUUUUUAAUAAUUAGAUUCUUAACUAUCCUUUAAAAAAAGAAACUUUAUAACUUUAUAAAAUCUAUUAUAAGAAUAGUGAUGAUGCUUUUUUUUAAGAAUAAUGAAUAAAUUCGUCCCUUGUG